GCAGACAAUUUUCUGAGUUCGGUAGGAAGGAGCGUACGUUUUUAGCGCGCUGCACGCCCAGACAGAAAUUAGGAACAAGUUCAUCAUAAAUUUAAAGAAACAGAAAGAACAAAUCGAAAAAACCAACGUUCAUUCUUUUUUUUAAAGGAAUCUCUAGACAAGAAUUUUCCAAUUGGAUAUUUCUUUCAACACACAAACCUAUAUGUAUACAUCUGUUUUACAUAUAUAAUUUUCACUGUGGAUUAAUAAUAAUAAUAAUAAAAUAAUCUGUGAAAUUCAAAUUCAAAUUCGCGCGCGGUCUUUGAAAGCAGAAAAAAGAAUAUUUAAAAAUAAUCAUAGAUAGAUAAUUCAAUCUAAUUAUAACCAACCUGGCCUGAAUGAUUAGAGAUUGAUUUAUCUCAUUUUAUUCAGUGAAAAGGCAAUUGGUGUGAAUUCUGAAUUGAGAAUUUGUUAUUCAAGUGUUUUUGUGUUGUGCUUUAUUCUGCUCUGCUUUGGUCAAAGAAACAAAAGUUACACGACAACAACCAAAAAAAUAAAACGGAAGUUUGUGUAUUCUCGUUUUCUAUCAAUAAAUUGAUAAUAUUACUAUCUCCAAGCCCAAGUGAUAACGAUAACGGCAUCAAGAGUAUAACAAAAAAUAAAGGAAAUAAUGUAGUGUGAAUUAAAAGAGUCCUUAGUUGAAUAUACCUAUAUAUAUGUACCAAGAUGCAACAACAGAGAAAAUAAAAGAUUGCUCAAGUGUAGUGAAUUUGGUUUUUGUACAAUCGCCUUGUAUAGAGGGAGAAGCUAUUUUUUUUUUUGAAAAUUUGAACGACUAACCGUCAAAAUAGAUCGCGAUCACGUCGGAAGUUCCGCCCGGUUUGUCAGGAUGUCGCUGCAAACAAAACGACAACACUGCUACCUGUGCGACUUGCCGCGUAUGCCGUGGGCAAUGAUUAACGAUUUUUCGGAGGCCGUAUGUCGUGGUUGCGUCAAUUAUGAAGGUGCCGAUCGUAUCGAAUUGGUUUUGGACGCGGCGCGACAAAUGAAACGCUUGCACCAAGCAGCCAAACGCAGUCAUGAGAAUGGCGAGGUUGUCCAACAACAACAACAACAGCAACAUCGGAAUAGUGGUGGAGGUGGUGGUGUGGCCGUCGGCAAUGCCGGACCUCAACAACACCAUCAUGCAUACACAACACAACGGAUAGGCCCACCGCCACCGCAACCCACUUUAAUGGAUUUUCCUGUAAAAAUUGAAUCGCACGAAGCAGCAGUUCGUCCAGUUAGGAUAUCACAUAUGCCGCCACAUCACAUGACAAUGCCAAAUCGUGCUGCGGUGGCUGCAGCGGCGGCUGCUGCUUCUGGCAACGGACCACCAAUUCCACCUUCUUUGUCAGUUAAUUUAAAAAGACCACCGCCAGACGAUGACGACGGACAUGGUCAUAAUGACGCGCCCAGCGGUAUAAAACGCAGUGCAUCGGGUGCGGAUGAUUCGCCGUCGGGUGGACGACCACCGCUAACUAGAGGCGAAUCAUUGCCUGCAGUGUCAUUUGUCCAAGAUCGACAACAAGGAUUACGCGAUAAACAUCAACCCGUUAGGGCGCCGUCCUUUGAUUCAACUACUUUUAAGCCAGGCGGUAAGUUUUUUUAUCCAACAAUGCCACAUCCGCCUGUGUCGCUGGGUAAUUCAACGCCACCAGCAUUACCAACAUCACAACCACAAUCAAUACCACCACCACCUCUGCCACAAUUAACAUCUGCCUCUUCAGUCACUCAAUUAGCUCAAAGUCCGAUGGCUAAUUUAAUGUCAAUUACAGAGACAUUACCUCCGGGAAGCCCUCGAAAUGGCCCAAGCCCACCAGGACCACCACCACCGAGGACAGCGUCAAGAGGCAGUCAACAUUCGCCAAACAGUUCUGGAUCAUCUUCGGGUCGUAGAUCAUCAGGCUCAAGACAUGUUUCCAGCACUACAGUCACAAGCACGGAGGCCCAAUCGAAUCAGGGGCCUCAAGUUGGACCUGCAUCAGUUGGAAGUGGUUCAGUGGGACCAAUGCCACCUGGUUCGAAUGGUUCGGACAGUGGAAGUGUCGGUGGAGUUAAUAAUGGUGGCGGCUCAACUGGCAACGGAAACAGUUCCAAUGGCGGUGGUCCACCGGGUAAUGCAGUACCUACGUCAGCAGCUCAAGCACCAACCUCUGCACAGAAUACUACCCUUAAAUGUACGUUGUGUCAAGAAAGGCUCGAAGACACUCAUUUUGUGCAAUGUCCUUCUGUCAAUCAUCACAAGUUUUGUUUCCCCUGCAGUCGUGAAAGUAUUAAAAGGCAAAAUGGCUCCGGUAACGAAGUCUAUUGUCCAAGUGGUGAGCGCUGUCCGCUAGCCAAUUCAACAAUACCAUGGGCAUUUAUGCAAGGAGAAAUUGCGACGAUCUUAGGCGAAGAGGUCAAAGUAAAAAAGGAACGUGAAUCUUAAUGACUCUUUUACUCCAAAAAAGUUAGGAGAAUUUUGAAAUAUUUUAAAUAAAUGGACAACACCAGCGCCCGCAAAAACAAAAAUAAUCCAAAUUCAAAAGUCCGACAACAGUCGAUUUUUUUUACGAUUUCAAAUCGUGGAUAUUUUUGUCUUAUUUAAAAUAAAAAAAAAAUAAAUAAACACAAAACUUUGGUCAAAUCGAGAGAAAGAGUUCGAUUAUAAAAAGUUGCAAGAAAUCCAAAAAAAAGAAAACAUUUUAGUCUGGAACGAAAAAGAAUAUUCAAGCAACUUAAAGUUGGAAACGACUCUAUUUCGAUUAAAAGAAAACGUCUUUUGUACACGAAACAAUUCAAGUUUUUAUAUGUAUAUGAAAACACAGUUUUUUGAAUACAAAUUGAUAACAUUUUACAACAAUUAAAAUUUGUUAUUGCAAAUUAACCGAAUGAGUAAUAUUUAAUCAAAUAUAUAUAUAAACUUAAACAAAACAAAAAAAAACUAUAUUUAAUGAGAAAAUUUUGUGAUAUUGCUACAAACAUUAGAGAAAAAAAAAACUAAAUAAAAAAAUGUGUAAUAAUAUAUAAACAAAUAAAAAGAAAAUAGCAAUAACAUAUUUGGUAGUGAGAAUUGUUCGUCUUGUGUUUUUACACAAAAUUCGCAAAGAUAAGCUUAAACCUCUGAAUGUGUGUUUUAUAAUAAUUAUUAUAACGUAUUGUAGUUGUUCAAAUCUUAUUAUUUUUGUAUAUUUUUAUUUUUAAUUUUAAAUAUAUUUAUGUGUAUUGGAAUAAGUAAACAAAACCUCAAAGAGGUAGCAAAUAAAAUCUUAAACGAUAAAUGUAAAGUGUAAAAUUAAAGUGCUAGCAAGAUUUUUUGACAUGAUUAUCUUUUUUUUUUGAAUUUCGGCGGUAAAAUUGAGACGUGCAUUUGAUUGGCGGGUGGAGUUUUUCCUUAUUUUUAAAUUGUUAAGUAAACAAAA